AUGCGGUUUGACAUUCUUGCCGUCUUCCCUCUGGCCGCCAGUGCGGUCAACAUCAUCUCAUCCAAUGAUGAUGGUUGGGCGGAAUCGAACAUCCGCGCUCUAUUCGAGUCCCUAGGGGCCGCAGAUCAUUCAGUCGUGGUUUCUGCGCCCGCCGAGAACCAGAGCGGCACGGGUUCAAAGGAAGAAGAGCCGACUGUCUUGACUGAGCCAUGCGAGUUUAAUAGCUGCCCAUCUGGCAGCCCGGCUGUGGGAUCUAAUUCCUCGGAGCCCCGACUUGGUUAUGUCAAUAGCUACCCGGUGACAUCAAUUCAAUACGGCAUCGAUACGAGCGGUCCGAAAUUCUUCAACGGCGCCCCGGACUUGGCCGUCACAGGUCCAAAUGUCGGCAGCAACAUUGGCCUCGCAGUUUUCAUCUCCGGAACAGUGGGCGCCGCCACCUACGCUGCGAAGGAUGGAAUCCCCGCUAUCGCCUUCUCCGGUGCUAGUGGCUCCCAGACUUCAUGGGAUAGCGAGCGGCCUCACUACAGUGAUGUUUAUGCCGAUUUGGCAACAAACGUAACAAACCAGGUGGUUGCUGCUGGCAAGCCAUACCUACCGGACGAUAUCUGGCUGAACGUCAAUUUCGGAAAGGUUUCUGACGAAUGCGCAAGUCCGGCUGAUUUCUCUUUCGUCCUCUCCCGCAUCCAUAUCGCAGUUCCAUUGAUUACUCCGGAUGAUGUGACCACGUGCGGGGAUUCGAGAUUGCCAAGCGAAUUGAAAGUAUCGCUAGCGUCUGGGUGCUAUGCAAGUGUCUCAGUUGGAAUAGCAGCCUCGAAGAGGGAUGCCGACGCAGAGAUGCAGGGGGUUGUUUUGAAGAAGCUAGGAAAUUUGCUGACCUGUCUACCAUGA